AUGGCUCCUCCCAAGGUUGUGGACGUCUUGAUCAUAGGUGGUGGUCCAGCAGGGUUGGCGGUAGCAUCCACUAUCGUACGACAGCUGCAGACGGGCAUUCUGUUCGACUCAGGCGUCUACCGCAACGCACGCGCACACCACAUGCACGGUGUCGUGGGCUUCGACCACGUCGCUCCGGAAACAUUCAGGAUGAAGUCCAAGGGUGACAUAUUGAGACGCUACGAUAUGGAGUUCAAGAGGGCAUAUAUCGAAACAAUCAAGAAAUUAGACAACGGUAAUUUCCAGGCUACAGACGGCUGGGCCAAUGUUUAUGAGGGAAGAAAAGUGGUGAUCGCUACCGGAGUGAAAGACAUUCUGCCCCAGAUUGAGGGAUUUGAUUUCUGCUGGGGCCGUGCAGUCUUAGAAACUGUCUCUCAAAUUGGAAAUACGGCUCUUCAACUCUCAAAGAAUCUACGCAUCUACACGAACGGCAAUGAGGAAUUCACAUCACAAAUUCAAGCCAACGCCUGGAGACCAGAUUUCAAGUCAAGAGUUACCAUCGAAAAGCGAUGCAUCCGGAGCCUCAGAAUGCUGUCAGACGAUACCUCACAAGUUCUUGUGACGCUUGACGAUGGGACGCAAUUUGAAGAAUCAUAUGUGGUUUACCAUCCACCCAUCGAGAUCGAUGGACCCUUUGUGAAGCAGCUCGGCCUCGAGACGGGGGCCCAGGGGGAAAUCAAAGUCAGCUCGCCAUUCAACGAGACCAGCGUUCCGGGAGUAUUCGCUGCAGGAGAUGCAGCAUCACAGAUACGGAUGGUCCCGAACGCAAUCUAUGGUGGAUCUCUCGCUGGCAAUGGCUUGAUCACACAGUUGCAGGCGGAGAAAGCACAAACGAGUUGA